AUGUCAAAAGCAGGUUCAUUAUUCCGACAUAAGGGGUUCAAGGAUGCUCUCCGAGUCCUUGCUUGGGUACCAGUAGGAAUAUUCUUCACCAGACAUGUAUAUUCCCUAGCGAGCGUAACAGGAGGCAGCAUGCAGCCAACAUUCAAUCCGAACUUGUCUUCUUCACCAUUACAUCACGAUGUUGUACUUCUCGAACGAUGGUCCGUGGCGAUCAAUAGAUUCAGGAGAGGUGAUGUGGUGACAUUAUGGUCACCGCAGAAUCCCGAAUUAUUAACGACAAAAAGGAUAGUAGCGUUAGAAGGUGACCUGGUAAACCCAUUACCUCCCUCACCGCCUACACCUAUACGUAUCCCCCCAGGACACUGUUGGGUAGAAGGAGAUUCGAAAUAUCAAACGAGGGAUUCAAAUACGUAUGGUCCGAUACCCCUAGGUCUGAUCACUUCUCGAGUGGCGUACAUCCUCUGGCCAUGGCCUCGAAGGGGUAUCGUCGAUACUGACUUACCGACAAAGUCGAAAGGGAGAGUAAGGACAUUGGGUCAAAGUUAUCUGCAGAGUAAAUUUGGUGAAGCCUUGAAUAACGAUUAG